UUAUUUACAUUUGUGUUGGUUGGAGUAAUGAACAUCCCUCGAUUAUUGCUUGUGUUAUUAGAUACGUACAAGGAUGUCGAGUUCACACCGCAGGCCGAAGAGGCAAUGGAAGGAGUUCCUCAUCGGAAUCUUCUAUGAAGAAUUGGUGAUUCAUAAGAAAGAGUUUAACCAACUAGACUGGGAAGAAAUUGUUCAAAAAUUAUAUCAUCGAACAAGCAAACAAACUAGUGUUACCCAAGUGCAAACAUUAUAUAAAAAAUAUGGAGAUGAGACAAAGCAGUUCACGAAUCUUUUACAAGUCAAUGGUUAUGAAUGGAACCGAAAUAACAACAAAGUAACUUGUAGCGACGAGGUGUGGGAACAUAUUUACUGGAUCCAUGGUGGUAAGAAAUUGUUUAGAAACAAAGGGCCUUUGCGUUAUAAUCUGUUAAGGGACAUAUUCGACACUGGUAAACAUGCCAAUCACAGUGUCAAUUCUAGAUUUCUUCCAGAAUCAGAUGAUGUCCAGACAAAUGGGGCACGUUCAUCAAGGUCGAUGCCAGCUCAGAGUUGUGAUAAUGUUUCUAUUGUAGCAAAAUUCAGUGAUGAUAGGCAGGAUGUAUGUAUGGUUGGGAAGCAAGAUAACAAAGGAAAGAAGAAAAGGAAGAAAUAUCAUGCAGAGGAAGUAAAGAUUGUAAAAUCUUCUCCAUCUUUUACGAAGGUAGCUGACUGUGAGGAGACUGGAAGCAGUAAAUCCGUUGAAGCUAUUUCUGAUUUGUAUGCGGGGCCUAUUAAGAGUGAGUGCAUGGAUACAGUGGAAAUGUAUCAGAAGAGUAACAAAAAGAAGAGAAAGAAAAAUGCUAAACGUGGUGAUGAUGAGAAAUCUGGAAAUGAUAAAAGGGAAAUGGAUGCCAAACCAGUGCGGAUUGGUCCUCCUGAUAUUAAAUUUGAUGAUAUUAAUGAGAUGGAUAAUAAACAAUCUUGUGAUUUAGAUGAGGGAUGUACUGCUAUUGCUUCAAUUUCGAUUAAUCAUGGCGAUAAUGCAGUGGCCAGUAGUAUUGAUGAUCUAUUUUCACAGUUUGCAUAUAAAUGUGGAAACUUUAGUUCUGGUAAAAGAGGAACUGAAGAUGAGAAGAUUGUCCUCAAGUCACAAGGUUGCAGCCCUUCCUCUCUAAGGUCGAAAACAAUGCAAAACUCUUCAGAAGCGGGCUCUAUGAUUGGAAAUGAUGGUCAUUUAUCACAUUCUGGGGAAGGAGGCUGUGGACCUAAAGCUAGUAAAACUGUGUUUGAACCUUGCUUAUCUCAGAAUUGGAUCGAUGAAAAGAUGGUUGAACAGAAAGCACGAGCAGUUUCUCCUUACUUUGUGAACUCAAGGAAUGGAGAAACUGAAAUGGAAAAAGGAAGAUCUGUAGCAUGUGUGACGAAAGGAAACAGAAAACGUGACAAAACUUCACGAACCAAAGAUCGAGUGGUUUCCCCUUACUUUGUGAACUCAAAGAAUGGAGAAACUGAAAUGAAAAAGGGAAGGUCCGUAGCACGUGUCACGAAAGGAAACAGAAAAAGUGACAAAAAAUCACGAACCAAAGGUCGAGUGGUUUCCCGUUACUUUGCUAACUCAACAGUGGGAGAAGAAAUAAAUGUAGGGAAGGAUAGACCAAAGCCUUUGAAGAAGAACUGUCUCAAAGAAAGAAAGGUUUCUCCCUACUUUCAGAGUGCACAACGUGAAAAGAAGAAGAGUGAAAAAGGUUCAAAAGUGCGGAAACCUUGUCUUACUGCUUCCCAGAAAAGAGCUGAGGCUUAUUUAAGGAGGACUGAAGAUAACACGUGGGUACCUCCACGAUCCCCUUUUAAUCUCCUCCAAGAAAAGCAUGCUCAUGAUCCUUGGAGGGUGUUGGUUAUUUGCAUUCUUCUAAAUUGCACCACUGGCUUGCAGGUUAGGAGAGUGGUAGAGGACUUCUUCACUAUGUGUCCAAAUGCAGUGGCUGCUACAGAGGUUGCUCCAGAGGAUAUUGAAAAGUUGAUACGGCCUUUGGGAUUGUAUACGAAGAGGUCACUGUCUAUUCCACAACUCUCCCAGGAAUAUCUUGGAAAAAGUUGGACUCAUGUCACACAGCUGCAUGGUAUUGGCAAGUAUGCAGCUGAUGCAUAUGCAAUAUUUUGUACAGGCAAGUGGGAUCAAGUAGAGCCGAGUGAUCAUAUGUUAAAUAAAUACUGGGAUUUCCUGCAUGAACUUCGUGCAAUUGGCUUGGCCUGAGGGUGCAAUGUAUUUGAAAGCAGAUAAUGCAUAGUUGGGGGCUUAUACUUUGAUGGGUAAAAGUUACAUCUUUUUGGUAGAUUAACCUCUGGACUUUUUUGUGGUAUAUAUUUAGCUUAAGCCAUUAGAUGUAGGCGUUUUCCAGAGGUGGUUUAUCUAUGUAUUUCUUCUUCUUCAAAUUUUUGUCCAUCAAGUUGAUGGUUUUUGAGUUUCACAAGGAAAAGUAAAGAGUGGAAACAAAAAAGAACGGGAAAAAGUUUGUAUAGAUAGAAUCAUUGACGCAUUGAUUCAUAUAAAGUAAAAAGAAGAAUGAAGAGAAGCAAAGAAAGUAGUAGUAAAACUUAAGCUGCAAGUUGAUUUCUUCAUUGACAA